UGGUUGAGGGUGGUUAAAUAAGCUAGUACAAUAUCGAGAGCACCCAUCCACAUUUCACCAAACAUUCCCUGCGUCUAUGGAUUACCCUCGGUUCCCUUCGUUCAUGAAGAAAAUCUCGAUAGAGCACUGCCUGACUGAGUUGCGCAUACCACCAGAAUUUGUAUCUCUGCAUGGAUCACGGCUAAUGUUUGACUGUCGUCUAGUCAUGUCGUGUGGAAGGAGUUGGCCCGUGAGACUCCUGAACAUUGCGAGUGGUUGCCAUUUCCACACUGGUUGGGCUGAAUUUCGUCUCGCGAACAACAUUAUUCACGAUGACGUCCUUACAUUCACUAUGGUUGAUGCGGGCAUAUUCCAUGUGAAGCGCUAUAACCCGAGGACGGGAUGUCCUCGACUCAGUGAUUUACAAGAGGAAGGUGUAUACGGAGACUCGGAACACAGUUGUGCUCCGGACGUGGAAACGUCAGAUGACUAUGUGCCAUCGGACACGGAUGGGGGAGACUCAUCCGAUGAGGAAGAGUAUGUGCCGGACCCCGGGGUUUUAGCUGAUGAUGGUUGCCCGACUUUCACUGUAACUUUGGACAGCUCAAACAUUUCCCGUUCUCUAGAGAUUCCGAUGGCGUUUUGGCGUCGCCACAUUCGGAUGAUAUCACUGCAAGAUCCGGUUUACUUCAACGUCAACGGAGACUCAUGGUUCAUUGUUCUUGACCACAGUGCCACCAAGAUUUGGUGAAACGUGGAUGGCGACGUUUCAAAAUUGCCAACAACAUUGUUGUUGGUACGCGCUGCCAUUUCAAGCUCAUUGAUCAG